AUGGAGGCCUCUUCAACCCCAUCAAAGGCUGAAGGAGUCAUUGAAAAUCAAGGAGUGCAGUUGGCGACAGGUGAGGCAGGGGCGUCCCUGGUGGAGCUCACGCCGACCUCCGGCGGCCUGGCCCUGGUGAGCCCUUACCACACCCACCGGGUCGGUGACCCCUUAGACCUCGUGGCGCUCGCCCAGCAGGUGCAGAAGGCUGAUGAAUUUGUCCGAGCAAAUGCUACCAAUAAACUGACAGUCAUAGCUGAGCAAAUCCAACAUUUGCAAGAACAAGCCAGGAAGGUACUGGAAGAUGCUCGCAGAGAUGCCGACUUGCAUCACGUAGCUUGCAAUAUUGUGAAAAAACCUGGCAACAUUUACUACCUCUAUAAACGAGAGAGUGGUCAGCAGUAUUUUUCCAUCAUUUCUCCAAAGGAAUGGGGUACAAGUUGUCCACAUGACUUCCUUGGUGCCUACAAGUUACAGCAUGACUUAUCCUGGACUCCAUAUGAGGACAUUGAGAAACAAGAUGCCAAAAUCAGCAUAAUGGACAAAUUGCUAAGCCAACCAAUGGCCUUGCCUUCAUGCACUGAACCCAAUUUCCAGGGACUGACUCACUGA